AUGUUUAUCUUGACCAAGAUCGCCGACUUGGUGCAAAUUGCGCCAGAAGAUUUUUCAAAGCGAAGCAUUGAUGCGAUUGAAGACAACAUCAAUGCUAAAUAUUCUAAUAAAGUAAUUCAGAAGAUUGGCCUUUGCAUCUGCUUGUAUGAUUUGCAUUGGGCGUCAGAAGGUCUCAUCGGCCACGGCACAGGUCUAGUCAACGUAAAUGCUGAAUUCCGGAUGGUUGUGUUCCGUCCUUUCAAGGGCGAAGUUAUGAUUGGCAGAAUACGAAGCUCUACGCCUGCAGGAAUCAACCUACGAACAGACUUUUUCGACGAUAUUUUUGUGCCUUUUGAGGAGUUGCCCGAGGGCGCCGAAUACAACCACAGUGAACAGCUCUGGAUUUGGAAUCUCGAGGAGGAUCGACUGUUCUACGAUAACCACGAAAUGGUCCGCUUUCAAGUUAUCGACGAGGAGUGGCAUGACCAAGCCCCUGCAGGACCAACUCAACCAGAGGACUCGCCUUUAAAAACACCGUAUCGCAUCAAGGCAAGCAUGGCUGCCGAAGGACUUGGUGUCUGCCUCUGGUGGGAUGGAGCAUAA